AGUUUUUGGAGGGGCUCUGGAUUGAACUUUGCAGGUAGUGGAUGUGAAAAACGGGCGAAAGUUUAACACAGAACCGGAGGAAUGUAUCCAACUCGGGCAGAGACGAGCCAGCGUCUGUGGAGAUGUCCAGGCUGCGCUCUUUGGAUCGCUCUGCUUCUACAAAGUGUCCUGGACCUGAGCGCGUCUGGGUCUGAGUUGCCUCAGGAUCCCAGCGUCCUCGCCGCCACUUCAUGGAACACGUCCAGUGAUGGACCCUACUUCAUCCGUCUCGAAGCUCCGAUGAACAACAUCACCACCUCUUUGGGCCAAACUGCCGAGCUUCUCUGCCGUGUGUCGGGUAACCCACUGCCCACUGUGCGCUGGUUAAAGAACGACGCCCCUGUGGUGCAGGAACCACGCCGCGUUUCCUACCGACCUACACCGUAUGGGUCACGCCUUCGCAUCCGUAAUCUGGACACCACCGACACCGGCUACUUCCAGUGUGUCGCCACCAACAGCCAAGGCACGGUGUCCACGACCGGGGUGCUGUAUGUAAAGUUUGAUCCACUCCCUACACCUCUGCCAGGAAAGCCAACGGAUGACUUUGAUGAGGAAGGGUUCUGUCAGCCGUACAGAGGCAUAGCCUGUGCUCGCUUCAUCGGUAACCGGAGCAUCUACGUGGACUCUCUGCAGAUGCAGGGAGAGAUUGAAACCCAGAUCACAGCUGCCUUCACCAUGAUCGGUACAUCCAACCACCUGUCUGAUCGCUGCUCUCAGUUUGCCAUCCCCUCCCUCUGCCACUUUGCCUUCCCAACCUGCGACCGCAGUUCAGGAACAGACAAACCUCGGGAUUUGUGCAAGGACGAGUGUGAGAUCCUAGAGAACGACUUGUGCAAAACAGAAUACAUCAUCGCCCGCUCCAACCCCAUCAUUCUGAAGAGGCUGAAGCUGCCAAACUGUGAGGACCUGGCUGCCUCUGACAGUCCAGAGGCUGCCAACUGUCUGAGGAUCGGCAUCCCCAUGGCCGAGCCCAUUAACAAGAAUCACAAGUGUUACAACAACAGUGGGGCGGACUACCGUGGGACUGUCAGUAUGACCAAAUCGGGCCGUCAGUGUCAACCCUGGAACUCCCAGUAUCCUCACAGCCACAGCUAUCUGGCCGUCCGCUACCCAGAGCUGAACGGGGGUCACUCGUACUGCCGCAACCCAGGAAACAAACACGAAGCCCCCUGGUGUUUCACUUUGGACGACAGGGUUCGCAUGGAGCUCUGUGACAUACCCAUCUGUGAUCAAAAGGAUAAAUCUGGUGGCAGCAACAUGGAGAUCUUAUACAUCCUGGUUCCCAGUGUGGCGAUUCCAUUAGCCAUCGCCUUGCUCUUCUUCUUCAUUUGUGUGUGCCGCAACAACCAGAAGUCCUCCAGGCCUCCUGCCCCACGCCAGCCCAAACCAGUCCGCGGUCAAAACGUUGAGAUGUCCAUGCUCACAACUCCAUUCAAGCCAAAGAGUAAGGCCAAAGAGCUUCCCUUGUCGGCUGUUCGUUUCAUGGAGGAGCUUGGAGAGUGCCCUUUAGGGAAGAUUUACAAGGGUCACCUCUACCUCCCAGGCAUGGACCAGGCACAGCUAGUGGCCAUAAAGACCCUCAAAGAUGCCCAACAGUGGGGCGACUUCCAGCAGGAGGCGGCGGUACUGACCGACCUACAACAUCCCAACGUGGUGUGUCUGGUGGGCGUUGUCACCCAGGAGCAGCCGGUCUGUAUGCUGUUCGAGUUCCUGCCCCAAGGAGACCUUCAUGAGUUCCUCAUCAUGCGUUCUCCACACUCUGAUGUCGGCUGCAGCAGCGAUGAGGACGGCACCGUGAAAUCCAGCCUGGAUCACGGAGACUUCCUACAUAUGGCAAUUCAGGUGGCUGCUGGGAUGGACUACUUGUCCAGUCACUUCUACAUCCAUAAAGACCUUGCAGCUCGGAACAUACUAGUAGGGGAACAGCUUCACGUCAAGAUCUCGGACCUGGGUCUGUCCAGAGAAAUCUACUCCUCAGACUACUACUGCAUCCAGCCCAAAACCCUCCUGCCCAUCCGCUGGAUGCCCCCCGAGGCCAUCGCCUACGGAAAAUUCAACUCAGACUCCGACAUUUGGUCAUAUGGGGUGGUGCUGUGGGAGAUCUUCAGUUACGGCCUGCAGCCUUAUUAUGGCUUCUCCAACCAGGAAGUGAUGGAGAUGGUGAGAAAGAGGCAGCUGCUGCCCUGUCCAGAGGACUGUCCACCCAGAUUCUAUGGUUUGAUGACUGAGUGCUGGCAGGAAGGACCAGCUCGCCGACCACGUUUCAAGGACAUCCACGCCCGCCUGCGAGCCUGGGAGGGGCUGUCAUCCCAUGCCAGCUCCAGCACGCCUUCUGGUGGCGGAGGAAACGCAACCACCCAGACGACUUCACUCAGCGCCAGCCCUGUCAGCAACCUGAGCAACCCCCGGUACGCCGCUGCCGCCGCCGCCGCUGGGUACCUCUACCCAGCCCAGGCCAUCCCCCCUCCAGGCCAGAUGGCUCCAAUUCCAGCCUGGACACCCAUGGCUGUGCCCCAAACCCACCAGCGCUUUAUCCCAGUGAACGGCUACCCCAUCCCGCCGGGUUACGCGGCUUUCCCAGCCCACUUCGCCCCCCCGGCACCACCCACUAGAGUAAUCCAGCACCAUCUGCCUCCUCCGAAGAGUCGCUCACCCAGCAGCGCUAGCGGCUCCACCAGCACAGGUCACGUCAGCGGAGUUCCCUCCACUACAGGCUCCAACCAUGACGCCAACACGCCGCUGCUCUCCCACUGCAUCAUGCCGGGGAGCGGAGGUCCAGCUCAGAUGUACGGACAAAUUUCCCAGAAGGGGAUGGGACAGCUGGACCACACAUCCCAAACAUCAGCACUGCUCGCUGCUGAUUCUGACAUAAUAAUGUACAACGAUAACGUCAUCACGGCAGACCUGUAGAUAAUCAGACUCGCACUCGCAUUUGAGAAAGUUUGACCCUUUUUCACACGGGACCAGCUCUGACCAUGUGUCAAACAGAGACCCGGCAGAAACAGGCCUGGACGCACAUCUGGAUUAAAACCCACAGUGUGAAAAACACGGGUGCAGCUACACCAGUAUAUACACAGCUGACCUUUUAAUGCCUUAUUGUGUAAAACAAGUGUACUUAAUACCAUGGUUUGAACAUGUGUUAUUUUAACCUCUGUGUAAAUACGGUACAUAAGUCCUGAAUCAAUCAGUGAAUGAAAUGCAUAGAUAUAUAUUCAAAGGAACAUUUUAUUAUUGAAAAAUCUUUACUUUUCAAAUCCUGUGUCUCCAAACUAACUGAUUUGACUGACAGGCAACAAGCUCCCCCUGGCUGAAUCGCUGAUCCUGAACGCUACAAAGACGCUGACAUUCAUGUCUCCUGUUGUGAUGCGCUUGUAGCCGGACAUAAAAAAACACAACAUGAGAAAGUACGUUUCUGUGCACUGUGACACUGUGACACUGUGUUACUCCAAGCGUGAACGGGAACGACAAACAAAAGAUGUUCAGUGGCUUUUACAGAGAAGACCAGAACCAAUUCUGCUCAAGUAGAACAGUAAACGAGGCUGUGUACAAAUAUCCCACCCCCCUUUUGAUCCCAUACAUCACAGGUGUCAAACAUGUGGCCCGGGGGUCAAAUCCGACCCGCCAAAGGGUCUAAUCUGGCCCAUUAAAGGGUCCAAUCCGG